UAGAAAAACAUAACCAUGAAAAUAAUCAGGACCCAUGAGCAUUAAUCUAUAUUCAAAAAUGUUACAACAAAGAUUUUAUUGUAGAAUAAAAUAUUUUUCUCGUGCAUAUUACACAGUAAAGAACCAUAAUAUCGCAAAAGACGAGAACUUCAUGGCCAAACAGCUGUACAGUAGAAUUAAAGCAACCGGACCUAUAACUAUCGCAGAUUAUAUGAAAGAAAUACUAACCAACCCAUUUGGUGGAUUUUAUAUGCACAAAAAUGUGUUUGGUAGCAGCGGGGACUUCAUCACGUCCCCAGAAUUAUGUCAGAUGUUUGGAGAAAUGGUGGCUAUAUGGUGUUUGAAUGAAUGGUCCAAGAUUGGAAGCCCAAAACCUUUUCAAAUAGUUGAGUUAGGACCAGGAACAGGAAGUUUAUCUCAAGAUAUCCUAAGGGUUUUCCAACAGUUCAAGUGCUUGAACAGCUGUAGUUUAUCUUUGGUCGAGGUUAGUCCCUAUCUUAGCAACCUACAGGGGCAAAGACUGUGCUUGAAAUCAAAUAAUAUAACAAUUCCAUCAUCUCCUUUUUAUAAGGAAGGUAUAGCUAAAGAAGGGGUACAAGUUAGGUGGUUCAAAAGAAUAGAAGAUGUGCCUGAUGUUUUCUCUAUAUUUAUAGCACAUGAAUUUUUUGAUGCACUGCCAAUCCAUAAGUUCCAAAAGACUGAAAAUGGUUACAGAGAAGUCUUGGUUGAUAAUGAUGAGAAAGAAGGACAUUUUAGAUAUGUAAUUUCCCGGAAUGAGACCCCAGCAGUGAAGACUUACAUCAAACCAUCAGAAUGCAGAGAUCAUUUAGAGAUUUCACCUCAAAGUCUACUUACAGUUAACACAAUAUCAAAUAAGCUUGAAUCUUUCGGUGGUCUGGCUUUGGUAGCCGACUAUGGACAUGGAGGAGAAGGUACAGAUACGUUUCGAGCGUUCAAAAAACAUAAACUACACGAUCCUCUCAUACAACCAGGUAGUGCAGAUCUAACAGCUGAUGUUGACUUUGGCCGUUUAAAAGAGGCUGCUUUAGAGGGAGAUAGAGUAAUUGCUUUUGGUCCGGUAACCCAGCAAGACUUCUUGUCUAAAAUGGGAAUCCAUCAAAGAUAUAAAGCUCUAGAAAAAAUUGCUUCUGGGAAACAAAUUGAGGCCCUCCGUAUGAGCUUCAACAUGAUGAUGGAUGAAGAACAGAUGGGAAAACGUUUCAAAUUUUUGAGCCUGGUGCCAGCUGUAUUGGAGAAAAUUGUGGAAAAAUAUCCAGUUGUUGGGUUCAGUUAAAAAUUGAAGAACUUCAAAAAAGGGGUUUCCAACAAGAAAUAGCCUUGACUCUAUAUUUGAGCUAUUUUUAUGAAAAUGUUCUGAAAUAAUAUCAAUUAUGCAUCUUUGAGAGAGAAGUAUAGACCUUUUAUUACAGAAUGAUAGUGGGUUUCACAAAACUUUUUUUAAAAGGAUUCUUCCAUUAUUCCAUAUAACAGAUUUUA